AAAUACAAGAGACUCAAAUGAAAGAGAUAAAAAUGUAAAGCAUGGAAUAAUCCAAAGUAACAUGAAUGAACCACAGCCCAAUGACAUACUCAAAAGUUCAGAAAUUCAAAGUUAUGAGUUGUUUUUAAGGUAAAGAAUUAAAUAUCCUCAGUAAGGAAGGGGGCAAAGUAUGAUUAAAUGGUCGUUUCUAGUGGCUUUGUUGAGCUGAAGCCACCUCUCAGCUGGGGCUUCUGGGGGAGAGGAGUGCAUGCUGCUCUUCAGCCCGAAAUUCAUGCCCCCGCACUGUGCCCUGUUAAGGACUUAGCCUGGCCCUCAGAAUGCACGCCCGAGGGUCCUGGCGGGAGCCAGUGAGGUGAGUGAAAGCCCGCCCCUGACCCCGGGGGACCACCUGACUCAGAGCUGGGGAGUCGGGACACCUAGGUCAAGUUGGUUCCAUGGCACAGCAGCGUGUGAUUGAACGAUCACGUUGCUUCUCUGUGCCUCCUUUUCCUCACCAGCAGUGCCCAGCUGAUGCCUUCCCUCUCGGUUAAAAAAAAAACAAACCCAUCAGGGACUUCCCUGUUGGCACAGAGGUUAAGAGUCUGUCUGCCAAUGCAGGGGACAUGGGUUUGAGCCCUGGUCUGGGAAGAUCCCACACGCCGCGGAGCAACGAAGCCCGCGAGCCACAGCUACUGAGCCCACGUGCCACGACCACUGAAGCCUGCGUGCCUAGAGCCCGUGCUCCGUAACGGGAGAGGCUACCGCAACGAGAAGCCCGGGCACUGCAGCAAAGAGUAGCCCCCGCUCGCCACAACGAAGACCCAAUGCAGCCAAAAAUAAAAAUAAAUAAAUUUAUAAAAUAAAAAAAAAAUUUUUAACCCCAUCAAACUACCAGUCAGCAGCAUUUACUUUUUAAUGAAGUGGAAAGAGCAGUGAGCAUAGUAACGAGUCAGGCCUCCUGAACCUGCCCACCUGAUGGUUUUGGACAUGAACUGAUGUGACGCUGGUGCGUUAAAAGUGCCUGCCCACCUGAUGGUUUUGGACAUGAACUGAUGUGACGCUGGUGCGUUAAAAGUGCACAUACAAGUAAAUAACACUUUGGCAGCGAUACACCCCGCGGGUGAGGUUGAGCAUCUGGUUGUUGGGGAGGAGAGACGGGAGGUGGAAAUCUGCCUGCUGUGAACUGGGGAGGUGGCACCUCUCUCUCCCUGCCCCUACCCCACCCCCAAGCACUUAGCCUCCCCACAGCAUCCCAGGCCUCACCUCCCAUCUUCAUUCCCCAGGUGGGCUUUGAACCAGGAUGGCUGAACCCCGCCAGGAGUUCAACGUGAUGGAAGAUCAUGCUCAGGGGGACUACACCCUGCUGCAAGACCACGAGGGUGACGUGGAGCCCGGCCUGAAAGAAUCUCCCCUGCAGACCCCGGCCGAUGAUGGAUCUGAGGAACCAGGCUCUGAAACCUCUGAUGCUAAGAGCACUCCAACGGCGGAAGACGUGACAGCACCCUUAGUGGAUGAGGGAGCCCCCGGUGAGCAGGCGGCCGCUCAGCUCCCCACGGAGAUCCCAGAAGGAACCACAGCUGAAGAAGCAGGCAUUGGAGACACCCCCAACCUGGAAGACCAAGCUGCUGGACAUGUGACCCAAGGUCAGUGGGCUAGAAUUGCCUGCCACGCAUGACCUGGGGGGUUGGGAAGAGGGGGAUGGCGACACAGAUGGACCCUACCCUGAAAAGAGAAUUUGGACCU